CAACACACCACCCUCACUUUCUCUUAUCGGACCAGCAGCACUUCAGAGCAACGCCUUGCUGUAGCUCUUAACUGUAGCUCUUUCACCUCUCUCGCUCACCUGGAGGCACGGAGAUCAUCCGCACCAAACUACUGCCAGGUAAGAAGCACCAACCGCACGGAUGCAGCAGUUUAGGAGUGAAGCUGAAGGACUUUUGGCCAUGGAGGCAACUGUAGAGUCUCGCUGGGCUUCCUCAUCACUAUUGCCAUCCGAGGUGCUGCCCACUUACCCGUCUGACUCCAGCUUUGUAUCUCACACCGAGGACGAUUCGACGUUCUCCAGUAUAGAGGCCGAAUGUAGUGGCCUGCCUUCCCUCUUCUCCAACGCCGUCCAGAGCCGCAGUGCGCCGACAUACAGACACAGCCCAGUGCGACAGGUUUACUCCUCUCCUUUUCUAAGUGGCCUGUCAUGGCUGGAGGGCUCCGGUGCUCACUCCCUCUCUAGCCCGUACCCAUCACCCCCAUCCUCCUGGCAUGGCGGUACGUUCAGCAGGACCCCGGUGCUCCCCCACAGCUCCUCCACCUCCUCUCCUUUUCAUCCAUCCCUCCCUCUGUCCUCCAUCAGAGCCCCUCGCUCUGAGCUCCACCCACCCGGCCUGGACUGCAAGGACAGUUUGAAAGGCGAGAGGGUCAGUCCUGCAGCGGGCACUGAGGGCGUUGGGGGAGUUUACACCAUCAACCACGUCGCCGGCGGUAGUGUAUAUCCACACGAUCACGGGCCGCCACAGCCGCACACACACACUCACACACAUUCUCUAGGACACUACAGCUCCUACAGCAGCCCAGCUCAGGACUUCAGCAGCGUUGGUCUCUACUCGCCAUCCUACGAGAAACUACGAGGCAAGAUGACUCUCUCUCCCACAGAAACGCGGGAGUGUGUGAACUGUGGAGCCACUGCUACCCCUCUCUGGAGGCGCGAUGGUACGGGCCAUUACCUCUGCAAUGCCUGCGGACUGUACCACAAGAUGAACGGACAAAACAGACCCCUGAUCCGGCCUAGAAAAAGACUGGUUGUGAGUAAGAGGGCAGGGACUCAGUGUGCCAACUGCCAGACGAGCACCACAACACUGUGGAGACGUAACUCCAGCGGGGAACCCGUGUGCAACGCCUGUGGGCUUUACUUUAAACUACACAAUGUAAACAGACCCCUCACUAUGAAGAAGGAGGGAAUUCAGACACGCAACCGGAAGGUGUCGAGUAAGAGCAGGAAGGGCCGGAGGAACGCCGCUAUGGAGCUCGAUUCGUUCUCUGAGCCCUUGAAGGGCCCCGGGUCUGAGCAGCCUAUCGACGCCUUUUCGCUGGGACCCUACAGCCACAGUGUCCACCCCGCAGGCACCUCCACUUCACUCCACGCCCCAUCUCACCUUUCCUACCCAUACCACCCUGCUGCUGCAGCACUCUUUUCCGGCAUGGUGUGACAGAAUAGAAAAGUACAUUUGAUUGUUUCCAAGAGCUCUCUCUCUCUCUCUCUUUUUUUUUUUAAAUAGCAUGUAUCAUGUUUUAUAUUCAUAUAAGUGGAUAAAUGUGAGAAAAUAAAGAGUGUUCUGUUUUUAUUCAUAUUUGUAUGCGGUGUAAAACCAUUUCGUUCCUAUACUUUUAUUCAUUGGCUAGUUUGCCGUUUACUGGCUAACCCUUGUGAUGGUGUGAAUAAAUUGUACAAAUAAAUACGCAUUUUAUUUCUGUAAUUCAUCAUGCAAAUACUUGCUCCGUGGUUUUUUUUCUCUCUCUCUCUCUCUCUCCUUUUUUCCUUCAUACAUGCACACUGACAAAUCACUUUCAGGAUUGGACAUAAUAUAAUCAAAUGCACCUGGCGCAACCAGGCGGAGAUUUAAAUAAAACUGUGUUGCUGAACAUGA